CCCUUCCUUCCUCUUUCACCUCUCCCCUUGCCCUAUAAAAAUACCCAGAACCUCCUAUCCCUACUCGCCAAAAACUUUCAAAUCCCUAACCUCCCUUCGUUUUCUCGAGAAACAAACAGAAACCCGAAAACCCUAUUUCCCAAUUCACUUAUUUCAACGGCACAAAGCAAACAGCAAGAAAAUCAACCAGAGGAAAAGCCCCAAGGAAGCAGCUAGCCACUAAGGUAGCCAGGAAGUCAGCUCCAACCAUGGGAGAAUAAAUAUUCUGGAAAAAGCUAAUUAUUAUCAAAGAGAAUCCUUUUCUUGCCAUGGGAGCAAUUGUAAAGGGGCAAUAGAACAUUUUGGAAGGUAUAUUAAAGAGGGAAAGUCUACCAUUCUCGGCACAUCUUUUUGGACACUAGAGGUAGAUUGUCAUCAUUUGAAACGAGAACUUCUAAAACUGCCGGUUGUCGAGAGCUUUUAGGUAUUAUCCCCACAAGAUGGAGUAUGUAGGAACAUCGGUUGAUGAUCAGCAGAUUGUCUUCUCCAGCGAAGAUGACUUUUCACGGUAAAACUUCAAGAGGUUCGUCUAGACUCUGUUUGAGCUGAUUAUUGCCUCAUUACAAUAGUCUUGUCGAGUACUUUUCAAUGGUGUAUUCAGAAUACACUUUCAAACAUUAUGAUUUCAGGUGCGCGCCAUCAUCUGGGUUCAAGCACAAGAUGGAAAAUGGUGGAACAUCAAGUACUAAUCAGCAGAUGAUUGAUCAGAGCCAUGGAAAUGUUGGCGAAGAGGAAAAUUCACAACUUUCACUUGAUAUUAACAAGUUGGCGAAGUCCUUGAGAGCGGAUAUGGUAAAGUUGCAUUCUUUCUCCGAUCAAUGUUGUAUCUACAGAGUCCCUAUUCGACUACGUGAGUCGAAUGAAAAGAUCUUCACACCUCAAGUAGUAAACCUUGGUCCACUUCACCAUGGAAAAGAAGAGCUUAAAGCAAUGGAGGAGCACAAAAUAUUGUACUUGCAAGAAUUUCUUAAAUGGAGCACGGCAAGCAUGGAGGAGGUAAUUAAAGUUGUAAAGGAGAGAGAGACAAGAUUGCGUAAUUGUUACGCAGAAACCAUCGAUCUUGGCAGUGAACACUUUGUGAAAAUGAUGUUACUAGAUGCCUCCUUCAUCAUUAUGGUCCUGCUCAAAGAUUGUUGUAAAGGAUUUGAAAGUAGCAAUGACCGUAUAUUCAAUAAACCAUGGAUGCUGAGCGAUAUAUCACUUGACAUGUGCUUGAUUGAAAAUCAGCUCCCAUUCUUCAUUCUUGAGGAUUUGCUUGAAGCAUCCAGCAUCACCAGAUAUAGCCCUGUUGAAGAGGAAUAUUCAGUGAUUGAGCUUGCACACAAGUUCUUCGAAAAGAGAUGGGAUUCUUGGUUGAAAAAUGCAAUUUUGGAGGAAAUCAAUUCGUCUGAAGUAGCACAUUUUGUUGACUUCAUAAGAAAUUGUCAGAAGCCAUCAGAGUCAGAUAAAACGGACAAAGAACUCGAGACCAUAAACGUACCAAGUAUAACUGAACUCGAUCAAGCUGGAGUUAAGUUCAGGUUUAAACAGGGAAAAAGUUUACUCGACAUGAAAUUCGAUAGAGGGAUCCUGGAAAUGCCACUAUUGAAAAUAGAUGACGACACAGAAAUCUUAUUCAGGAAUAUCCAGGCAUUUGAGCAAUGCCAUUGCCACGAAGAGUAUAUAGCUAACUAUAUUUCAAUGAUCAAUUUCCUUGUCAUUACUCCUAAGGAUGUGGAAAUCCUUGUUCAAAAUGGAAUUAUAGAAAACUGGAUACAUGACUAUGAAGCAGUUACGACUCUUCUUCAUAAUAUUUCCAAGGAAAAUGCUCUCUCCGCGGAUGAUUUCAUCUUCGCUAGUCUCGUUGAAGAUCUGAAUGCAUACUGCAGGAGGCCUUGGAAUAAAUGGAAGGCAACCUUGAAACAAGAGUAUUUCCAUACUCCAUGGGCCAUAAUCUCUCUUAUCGCAGCCUUGGUUCUCCUCAUACUCACUACGGUGCAAACUGUGUGUUCUCUUAUUCAACUGUAGCUUCCAGGAUUUCAAUUACGUGUCCCAUGGAUUUGGAUUGCUGUGUGAUCAAUGCUUGUCUCUUUCAUGUUUUGUUUUUUUCCCCCUCAAUUAGUAUGUUUAAGUUUCCAGUUAUCAAGUAGCACUAUGCUUCAGAAUGUUAUCCUUGAUUAAUAUAAGAUCAAAGCAAAUGAUUUGUCA